AUGUUAAAGAGACUUAAAACCAAUUUAUUUGGAGACCGCCCUAGUCCCAAUCUUUAUUUUGAAAAAACUAAACUAUUUGAUUUUAGAAAUGAAGACAAAUUGACUGAGUGGAAUGAGCGUGAAGAAUGGUAUAAAUGUGCUAGUAGUCAUGCAUAUGGUGUAUAUGAUGAAAGUGAUAAAGCCGAAGAAAGUGAUAAAAGCGAUGAAGUUGAUGAUAAUAGUAUUUUUACUGAACCUAAAGAAAAUAAUAAUAAUAGUAUUUUUACUAAACCUAAUGAAAAUGAUGAAUGUUUUGAGCUUUAUAAUCUAACUACACUUCAAGCUUUACUACUUAGAAAUUAUCUUCACUUUUAG